AGAAAAUAUGAGCAAUAUGAAGACAAGUUAUUACUCAAAGAAAUCCUAUCUGCCCAAGCAUGAUAAGUCAGACCUCAAGGAUGCCCAGAGACAAAGGCAUGUGAGGAGAUCCAGGUUGCACACUAGUAGCACUAAGAUUAAGAAGAAGGGUGUCUGCACUGCAAUACCCAUGAAACUCUCCAUGAACAAAAAGCAAGGAAAAAGUAUAAACAGUGGCGAUAAUCAUGAUAAGAACACUAGUGGGCAAGACAGCGUCCUGAAGGACUUCAAAUUACUUAAUAGUAUGCAAAGUGGUUGCAACUCAAGUAUUCCAGAUUUCUUGGAUGUGAAACAGGAACAGAAGUCCUACUGGGGUGUAUUCUACAGGCAGCUCUUCCCUCAGGAUGAUGGUAGAGAGACACUUUUGAAGAAAAUAAUCGUGAAAACUAGCAAUAAAGAAUCAAAGAAGGCUAAGAGGAAUUUUGAUACCAGACCUCAGUCGUUGAACGAGAGGCCAGCACCAUAUUCUCAGAAAGAUAUGAGAUACCACUCAGUAGAUCUUGAAGAGCCCAAUAUUGAACGGUUACUGGAGUAUCGUGAGAGAAAUUCCGGACUAAAAAGCAGAUUUAAGAACAACUCAGGCAUACUCCCAAAGUAUAAAUCCUUAAGGAAAAAGCUGACAAUGGCUUUAAGAGCGCCAAAUGAGAAAAACAUUAAAAAGCUAGAUUCGAGACUAAUAAAAUCCUCAAAGAAGAAGGAUCAGUCUUUCCAAGAAGUCUUACAGACACCAGUAUUAUUAGAAUCAAAGAGGUCAAGUCUAGUCUUAGCCAGCAAGGAGAGGAGUCUGUCUAAAUUCAAGAAGAUGAACAGUUCUAUUAAGCCUGAUAAGAGAAGCUCUCUAAUGUAUUCUUCUACUUUGUCACAAUUUUGUCAUAAGGCCCCUAAAAUUCCCAAAUUCAAGCACUCCUCAACUGCAAAGAUCAGGGAUUUACUUCCAAAUAUAAAUGAAGAUUGAGGGAGCAGUCUCGGUCUAAGACUUUGCAGUAAAGAAAGAUCUCCUAGCAAAUUCAGUCCUUGCUACUCUAAGAAUAAAUGAGGCCAAGUGUUCACAAAUUUCCUGAAUAUUGAGUCGAAUAACUUCAAUUCAGUGAACAAGAGAGCCAAACCAACACUGGAUUUGGACUGCUCGAGUGCAUCUGUUUCAGUCAAUAUCAAAAAUGAGGAAGUUCCAGACUGGUUCUUGGAGAACAAGGUUCAGUACAUAAAAACUAAACUUCAAGAGAAACUCAAAGCCCUUGAAGGCAUGAGAUCUGGGCUGAAGCAGGCAAGAAUUACAGCGAUUUCAAGAGUCCUGAAUCAUUUAAAUCGUGAUGGAAUUUCUAACCUAAAUUUAAAGGAUAUUCAAAAGAUGAAAAGUCUCUCUUUUUAUGUAAAGUACUUAGCUCUACUGAAGAAGUACUCAGCAUUAGUCUCUGGGCCUAACCUUGUUAGCAGACAAGGUAAGGCUCUUAAAAGAAGGAUCAAGAACUUCAAUUCAAUCGGAGCAAAGAAGAAAGUAAUAGAGAGGAUCUUGGCAAUGGAAAGUGAAUUUUUGGCAAAGAAAAUGGACAAAGUCUGAUACCAAUCAUUCAACUCCAGCCUCCCUUCAACCACCGGAGAGAGUCUCAGGCGGAGCCAGAGGAGACCAGGCACUAGCAUUGAAAUAUACGAGAGGUCUAGGAAGUUCCCUAAAGGAACUGUCUACUCAUGGUACAAAGUCAAGAUAUAA